CAGCGUAUUCCAAAGUAUCAAGCAUUUGUGGGAUGGGUUUUGCACGGACGAUUUUGCCUCAGAACACUUUUAUUGGGCAUAUUCUUUGAUUAUGGCAGAAGCAACAGAACUUAAUUGUGCUCAACUUCAAAAUUCUGAGCUUGCCUUGUUACCGUUACAUGGUGCUAUUCGAUAUCAUCCAAAAACUUCGCAUGAUGUCGUUUUUGAUCAAGCUAGCGGAAAUAUAGUCGUCUGGACCAGUGCACUGGACGGGGAAAAAUGGGCUUACUCCGACUACGGUAAACGUAUGGAUCAGUUGCUAUGCGACCGAGGACAAGUCGUAUCCGAGUCUUAUCAACCAGCCAUUGUACCAUUCAGCCUCCCUCUCGAUGACGACGACGAUACCGACAAGAGAGUUGAUUUACUGGAAAAAUGGAACCUAAACCAUUCUCAUUAUCUGAGCCUGCACGACCGACCCCUGAAGAUACAGGCGGCUCUACGAAUACUGUGUCUCGAUACCGCUGAUCUGGAACACUUUGCCAAGUCUCAGUCAAAUCCGUUUGAUAGUCUGUCCGACCACUACGAACUAAAGGUAAAGAAAAUGUUUUCUUCUAUAGCCAGUGAAAAAUUAGACAAUGUUUUAUCGCUUCAAGUUUCACAAUCGAAUUCACCAAGGUUCGACAAGUUAAAACGUGAGCUCAUUCAAAAAUACAAAGACAAAGUGAUCAAAGUACUAGAGUACAACUUAAACGAAUUCGGCAGUACGAGCAACUGCACAAAUGAAAGCGCUUAACCGUUCAGAACAAGAUCGAGUGCCUCAGACUGGUUGAAAGUUUAUUCCAUCAGCGCGCAGACGCAUCAUGCGUAAAUAGAGCUGCUACUGUAAACCACUCUAUAUUCGCCACAUUCACAGAAUCGAGUACUGAAAGUCAACUACAGAAAAAUAGGUCUCUCUCAACUGGCAAAUCUGGGCCGGACAAAGCCAAACAAUUCAAACAGUAUCUAACAGCCUCGCUUCUACUUCGAAUUUUUUUACACUUCAUGUGUAUCUGGGCUCUGUUCUUUUGGAAUUCCGCUGCAGAUUUUUGCAGACCCGUCGACAUUGUGAAUUUCUUUUAACCCAAAUUUCCCAAAAUGUGGCUGGCAAGAACGAAAAAUUUCAUGAAUUACUAUAGCUCAGCCGAUAUACAUAAAAAUACAUAAGAAUCGAUCUA